AUGAGGAUCGCUACAAGUCCUUCCUUCUCGAAGUGGCUACUUAGUGUAAACAGCUACCCAUUGAAUGAGCUGAGGGCAACACGGCAUGGAAUCACCUGCAAGUAUGUGAUUUUUGAAGGACAGUAUGCUGAUGCGAGAUUCGCCAACAACCAAUUUCAUUGUGCUCGCCCGAUGGAAUUUGCAUGGCACAUUGUUGAGAAGAUGAUCUCGCAAGGAGGAUGCAAGCCUCUUCCUCCUGAUAUGACAGGCAUCAUGGACUACAUGUAUGAAUUGGGACUUCAGAAGAGCCCCAAAUGGUACAGUACUGUUCUCUCCACCCUUUAUGAAAUGUUGGAGGAGACACAGCCCUGUGAAAGGAAGGACAUCUUCAUUGAGUGCAUCUAUGGGUUAGUGAGGGAAAUGAUUAUGGAUAGCAGCUAUGACUUUGACUCCAAUGAAGGACAGAUAUUGAUGGAUGCUUGGCAUGGGUAUUGUUGCCACUGGUAUGACUACAACAACAAAUUUUCCUUUCAGGUUUUGGUUUCCAUGAGUCAGAGUUUUGUUGAUGAUUGCAUUGAAGACCUCGACAACCUUGGAUUCUUGCAACCACACAAUGCUGUACAUUGUGGAAAUUUUAUGUAA